AUGGAGGGACAAGACAAUACAGAUAAAGACGGGAAGGAAGAAGAAAAAGAUGGAGAGGAGGAAUCCCAGAGUCCCCUCAGUUUGAAGAGAGAAUCGGGUCCUUCAGAAUUAAACACCUCACUUAAAGACACGCUUUGCUUCACACGUAGGUGCUGCUUCCAAGUGUCACCGAGGGAGAGCAUUUUGGAAAGAGGGGGCUGCUGGGAGAACAAGUUCUGGCACGGCGAGUACAGAGUGGCGGUGAACAUCAACGACUAUCUAGACAUCUACUGUCCUUUCUACGAGGGCCCUCCGUCCCAUGGGCGAAUGGAGCGCUACAUCCUGUUUAUGGUCAACCACGAAGGCUACACUUCCUGCCAGCACAGGAUGCGCGGCUUCAAACGCUGGGAGUGCAACCGCCCCAGCGGUCCGGACGGGCCCCUGCGCUUCUCAGAGAAGUUCCAGCUCUUCACGCCCUUCUCACUGGGCUUCGAGUUCAGGCCCGGACACGAGUACUACUACAUCUCGUCUCCUCACCCAAACCAUGUGGGCCGGGCAUGUCUAAAGCUGAAAGUGUAUGUCAGACCUCCAGAUGGGUCGGGAUACGAUUCUCCGGAGCCGUUCCUGACCGACGGAGGUCCGGGCUCCGGCGCAGCAGGCUGGUGGGCGGUUCUGUUAGCGGCUCUGGCCCCGCUCGUCCUGGGACCCGUCUUCAGGCUGUGACUACCCCACCCGCCCCCAUCUUCCUCCUCUUCCCGGAGCGCCCAUCCCGGGAUGAUGGGCUGGGCUGGCUGUCCCUCUAAAUCCACCACCCCUCAGGGAAGCCCUCUGUCCUCCACCCUCCUUCUUCUUCCCACUUCCACCUGCAGUAUGACCACCAACCACCCUCCACUGCCUGCCCCCUUUUAUGGCGCCCAGCCACAGACACCGUUUCCUGGAUUACCUGCAAUGUUUGUUUUUUUUUUUGUUUUUUUUUAAGGCAGUCUGGGAAGCUACCUUUCCUUCUCUUAUCCCUGAAUCCUCGGUGGAGCAGCACCUUUUAGCUGAAAACACAAGAGAAAUGUCUCAGCACUCAUAUCAGGGGGUCCUUUUUUGACUUUUGACUCUUGCCCACUGAUGGGGUUAGAUGUAGCCAUGGCUAUGAUUAAACUUGUCGUUCCAGUGCAGUCCCCAUCCUCCGAUCACAUCACGGCAGGGGAGGGGGGUGAGAGGGACGUCGUACGAUAGGCCUGAAUGCACAAAAAUUGGUUUUUCGCUACUUCCUUGAUCUAUGAAUUGGAAGUGGCCAAGCUCGCAUUGAAAUUUGAAUUCAAUAGGACGUAGAGCAUCUCCAAAGUGCAAUGAGGAUAAGAGUAAUUACGACGAGAGCAGGAGAAAAGUGACCUGGACUUUGCUGCAAUGUGAAAAGAAAAGUGUGAAAGAAUACAGCUGAUGGGAAAAAAAAAAAAAGAUCUCGCUGCAGUAAGUUAAGAAGUGUAACUUACUGCAGUGCCCAGAAAACUUAUUCAUACACCUUCAGCUUUGUACAAUUUCGUAAUCUCCAACCACAAGUUUUAGUGUAUUUUUCUGACAUUUUACGCGGUAGAACAAUGCAACAUAGUACAUAAUUGUGACGUGGAAGUAAAAGACAUACGUUUUUUUAGUUUUUUAAUGAAACAUUCCAUCUUUCUCUCCAUGUCUUUUGGGGCUGUAGCUCUGCCAGCUUUGCACAUUUCUACAACAGCUUGUUUGAUUCUUAAUGGUAAAAUACCUGCAGUUCAAUUAGACUGGAUGAAGAGUCUGCAAACCUCAAUUUUCAAGUCCUGACACAGAUUCUUAAUUGCAUUUAGGCCUAGACUUUGACUGGGCCAUUCUAACAUGUGAACACUUUGAUCUGAGCUCCUCCACUGCGUCUCCAGUUGUAUUUUUAAGGCGGUCUCAGAUGUUCUGCAGCUUUUUUUUUUGCAUGUCAGCAUAGUUGGACACUCAUCUCUUGAUAGAUUUGGUUUCUUUCCAUCAUCGGAUGAUGGACUGAAAGAGCUCUGUGAGAAGAGAGUUGAAUUCUAAUCGGCGCCGCACUUUUCACACUUUUACGCGCAAAAACCGUUGGAACAAUUAUACUACUUGGUGUUGCUCGAAAACAGUAAAACACAUCUAGGUUGAUGCAAUGUGACAAAUUGUGAAAAAGUUCAAGUGGUACAAAGACUUUUGGCAAAACAACGCAAGCCGUGUGCGUUUGCUACGACUUUCCUGGAGCUCUGAAUUGGCAUUUUGGCGACAAGUAUAACCAUAGCCUGUUUUAACGGGGCGGGGGGACGGGGUGGGACGUCAUGGGUGGGUUUGGUGGGAUGUAGAUUUUCAGGUGGGCUGUGUUUUGUCUUUUAUGUGUUUCUAAACAAAGCAUUUAUCACGGCCUGGCCUGCACAGGCGUAUCCAGCACUAGCUAAUGUUGUCUGGGUCGGGUGACUUUUGGAACCAGGACUUUCUCUUGUAUGAAUGUACCACUGGCCACCCACCUCUUUGUUAUUUUCUUUGUUGUUGUUUUUUUUUUUGUUUUGUUUUUCUCCGUAUUGUCAUGACUGUGGUCACUUACAGUACCUUCUCUCGGAUUGGCAGGAUUUUAUCAAUGGCUCUGAGAUUCGACGAGAAGGCGGGGGGGUGAAGGGUGGGAGGGCAGGUGAGAAAAGGAGGUGACACUCAAGUUGCAUGACCACUGUGAAACCUUCAGAUCAAACUUGUUUCUAUUGAUAUAUUUUUUCAUGGUGAGAAAAAAAAGAAGAAAAAUCAGAAAACAUCCCGCUUCAACUCUCUUGCUCUCCCUGAGACUUUUUCAGACAUCAAAGGCAGGGGAAAGGGGGAGGUGGAGUGAGGGGUAAUAUUCAGACUCCUUCCUCACAUAGUUUCUCCUGUCUGGGCUCUCGGUCGUUGAUGGAUUAGCUUGGGCUGGAAAGAUAAAUGGACCCGCAGGGCGAAACUGACUGGAAAUCGGCCCCUGAAGCCCAACUCGGAUCACGACGGACGUAAACAAGGACUGAAGCUGAUCCCGGGUCCGGGGGGUUAAACCAAUAAGGGAAGCACAUAGACUGUGGCAAAUGAGGCGAGGCGUGUGAGCGAGCUGUGUGUGAGGUAGCAUCACAAAAACACACAAAUGCACACGCAGACAUAGACACACACACACAAACACUUAAAGCGACAGUGAAAGCCCGCAUGGACAAGAGCGAACAGUCAAAGAAAGAGUGUGUUUGAUGGGACUCAAGCAUAAAGAGUAAGCACUGUGAACACGCACACACACACACGCACACACGUAACAAUCCAUAAACAGAUAACCACACUUGCCAACAUACAUGCAAAAAGAAAUAAAAAAGAGUGCAGUUGUAGACAUUUACAAAGACAUGCAAACGUGUACAAAACACAAACAAGGGGAAAAGCUUGUUCCCCUAUUCCAUCUUAUUUUUGUAGCAUUUAAAAAUCACUGUUAAUUACUCCUUUGUGGGAUGCAGUGAUGGGGUUAUCGCCUCAGAAGGAUUACAACAACAACAA